AUGAACCGACGCGACUAUCGAGUCAUCAUGCUUUAUGAAUUCAAAUUGGGACACUCCGCGGCAGAAGCAUCUCGUAACCUUAGCAGGGCUUUUCUGUCAGACUGUCCUUGCGAACGGACAGUGGAGCUCUGGUUUAAAAAAUUCACUUCUAGCGAUUUUGAUCUCGAAGAAAAACAGGGUCGCCGUCUCGCUUAUAAUGAAGAUUUGGAGAGAGCAUUCGAAGCAAGUCCGGAGACUAACACAUGA